UAAACACAUCUGCUGCAGACGGCAACACAUAUAUGGAAGUGUUGACAUUUAUAAACAACAGAGUUCAGUGGAAAAACGAUAAUGAAUAAUAAGGCAAAUUUGUCUAUUGUUGAAUAUUUUGGAAGUGACAAGGGGCACAAAUGUGGUUAUUGCAAAGGCUCCAAGUCAAAUCUUAGUCAUGGAAUGUGGGCUCAUACCAUGAAUGUUGUAGACUAUGAAAAUCUUAUUAAUCGUGGUUGGAGAAGGAGUGGGCAUUAUUGCUAUAAACCUAUAAUGAAAUUGACAUGUUGCCCACAGUAUACCAUACGCUGCAAUGCCAACAAUUUUCAAAUGAGUCAUUCUCACAAAAAAAUUUUGAAAAAGAUGCGGAAUUUUCUUUCAAAAGAUGCCAAUUCAGCAUUUGCAACAGAUUCUUCUUCUAAAGCUCCCAUAGGAACACCAGGUUCAGUUGGAACCAGGACUCUUCCAAAGACUUUGGAAGACUACUUAGAAGAAGAACAUCAUAAUCCUUUUAAAAAGUUAGAAAUUAAACUUGUAGAUCCAACUUCUUCUGAAUUUAAGAAAACCCUGUCAUCAGCUUACAAAUUGUAUGUAAAGUAUCAAGUUCAUGUCCACGAUGAUAAAGUGGAGGAUUUAUCUAUUGAGCAAUUUAAGCGCUUCUUGGUGAAGUCACCCUUACAGAAAUCCUCCACAAAAAAUGGGCCUUAUACUGGAUAUGGUAGCUUCCAUCAGCAAUACUGGAUAGAUGGCAAUUUGGUGGCCGUCGGAGUGGUAGAUAUUCUCCCAACAUGUUUGUCAUCCGUGUACUUUUUUUAUGAUCCAGAUUAUAACCACCUUUCAUUGGGGACGUACGGAUCUUUGAGAGAAAUAGCAUUCAGUCGGCAACUAGGUCUUAGUGACCCAAAUUUCUGUUGGUAUUACCUGGGUUUCUAUAUCCAUUCCUGCCCUAAGAUGGUCUAUAAGGGCCAAUACAAACCAUCCUUUCUCUUGUGUCCUGAAACCUACACGUUUCAACCAUUCGAAGAAGCUGUAAUUAAGCUUAAUCGCAACAAGUAUUCAGUUUUAUGGGAGAAGACUAGCGAUGUGUACGAAGACGAGUCAGUAUCAAAGGUUGGAAUUCUUUACCGACGACAAGCUACGACGUUUGACGUGUAUAGUUCAUGCCAAAAGGUGGAAGAAGAAGAGGUAAAAGAAGUUGAAGAGUAUGCAAUGCUUGUCGGAAGAAGUUCUUCAAACCGAAUGCUUUUAUAUCGCUCAUAAAAUACACGA